CUGUGAUUACCGUACCAGUAAAACAGCAAAUAUGUUGAUAAAAAUAAGAGAACGCAUUCGUGUUUGCAUGCUUCGACGGCGUUCAGUGUUAGCCGUCUGCAAGCGAUAGACUGACGAGCAGAAAACGAUAUCAACGUUCUCUAGUUGUGCACGUACGGCAACGCUGGCCUAUUAAUGCGGAUGUUUACGGUCGCAGAUUCUGUCUUCCCUAAUAGCUUUGUUUGUAAAAUGCUGCAAUCCACAGAAAGCUUUGUUUUGCAAUGAACCUGCGCUAGAACCGGUCACCAAAUUAUUAUUCCAGCGAACGGUCUUCUGCUUUCAUGGCAAAAUGCAUCGUCGUAGCCAGUUUCUCAAUCCCAAUAAUUUUAAAAUUUAGGCUGACUUCAUUAACUGAUUAAUGAAAAUCACUUCGACCUUGUUAUUAUGUUGCACCUCAUCGAGAUGGAUUGUCUCCGCGCGGCUUCCCAGCCUUCUCUUGAUGACAGCCAAUGCAGUCAGCCGUUCGAACAACAAUCCAGAAGCGUACCAGAUUUGCCGGGGCUCCUCCGGCCUCAGCUACUGCAUCUGCGUUCCCACACGCUUCCCGACAUGACAACCGCCCUGCAGCGGCACUUUCCCUACACAUUGGGCGCACCGUUCGCCAGCGGAGAGAAUUUAACGAUUCCCCUUAUUAAUUUCGAGGAGGAGUCCUUGCUGCAGGAGCAGCCAUUAGCCACUGCUACCGAGCCCAAAGAGUGUCCGGUUUGCAAGCUUCGUCCGCCAAAGACACCUAGUCCUUUGAUAUUUUUCACAGUUUUUGUGCUAUGCGUUCACCUCGCCGACACAUUUAUUCACUGGGUGCUGGUUGUAACGUUCUGUGCAGUGAAGCAAUUUACCUGGUUUGGACUAACGGCGACCAUUUUACUAUUCUCUCAUUUUCUGGUAAUCUGCUUCAAUUAUUUGUGGACAAGGGCGGCUUUCACGGCAGUACUGCAGGAUGAUAGUUCCAUAGAUGGGAAACCGGUGAUACGGUCAAGAAAGCCGGCUCCGCUUCGGCGAUGUGCUCAGCUCUCGUUGCGGAUUAUUGCUCAAUCACCUUUAGCGGUCAUUAUGAAAAGACAUUGGGAGUAUAUGCGCUUAACCACCCAUCGGCACGGUUCUCCCUCCUCACAUGACAAAUGCUUCCAGUGGCAUUACUUGAAUGCCUACCUCUCCCAGUUCCACACUCUUUCAUCACACACGGAAUCCCUGCCACAAAUAUUAUUGCAUUUAUACAUCCUGGCGGAAACCUAUCGCAAUACCCAACCGUUCCAGUACCAGACUGUCCAGUUCUGUCAGGUCCUGUCCAUCGGAACGUCAUUACUCCGCACUUUAUGCAGUAUUCUCAGCGUCUGCGUUUAUCAGAAAGAGCGCGUUAAUGGACUGCGCUACUUCACCGGACAUCUCUUGGUGGCGGGAGUUCGCCUCGUGACCUUAGCUCUGUUCCUCAUCCAGUUCAGUCCGCACAGUCUAAUCUUUGUUGGAGUGCAUCUGCUCCUUAUAAUCGCUAUUUGCUCACUGCGACCUCGGAUUUCCUGGCUCCAGAAACGGAAGCCGAGAGCCAACUUGUUGCCAGUUUUCAAUCCUCUGCAGCUAACGUUAUCUCGCCAGACAAAGUUCCUGGAAAGGCUGCUGCAUUUUUUUUCCAUGCCUGUUAUUGGCACUUUUGACUACCUACAAGAAAACGAGGAUCGGGUCUUUUCAAAGUUGUAUUUUUUGUUAGUGUACGUUGAGAAUGUUGCCUGGAUAACGCUGUGGAUGGCGCUGGUUGAUGUGGAUUAUACGAAGCAUAUUUUCGGCUAUCGUUUGUUGGUGGCAUUUAUCGUCUGUGUUGGUUUUGUAUUAGGAAUUUUGAUACUCGAUAUUUAUAGAUCAGAGAAUGAUAGUGACACAAUCUGAAUUCAGCAACACAUCAUGGACUUAUGUAACAAGAGUCAAAGAGCUG